UCGGUACGUGAGGCAGUAUCACCUUUGGACUGUUUCCUCCCUGUGGAUUAGCACCGGUUACACCUGUCGGGUUACUUUUAACCUGUGAAAAAAUACCUAAAGUAGGCAUAGUGAGCACGCUCCUUGUAGACAAAGUUGGGGAUUGUUUCGUUAUGUGACCGGCGUAAAAACAGAGAAAUUAACCCAUAAUGACUUUUAGCAGCUGGAUGAACCUUUGCUAACAGUCAGACUAUGGACAGUGAAACAGGUAUUGACUGAAAAAAAGAGAACAUUUUAUUUAACAACUAAAACAAUGUCAACAAUGUCUGGCCUAGGGCGUUUAAUCAUAGAUAUAACUGAAGACGAGGCACUUUCACCUGCAGAGCUACAAAUAGCAGAAAGUAAAAAGCUAGAAGAGAGCAACAGCAUAGAGGAAAGACAGAGGGUUACAGAUGAGGAAGAAGAAGAAGAUGACUCCAAGGAGGAAGAGGAAGUGACAAUCUCAGCUCAUCUGGAGCCGAGCACUCUGCCAUGGCCUGGUGACAAAGACAAGAGGCCUCAGACGGACAAUGACCAUGGAGUCUGGUCAGAAAAAGGAGUCUGGGAGCCUGAAGAGAGGGACACAGGGAUCAUUGGAGGGAGCCAGGACCUGUCGGAGGAGCAGAGCCAGGCCGAGAGCGACACAAAGAGCAAGUGGAGGGAGAGCAUGCCUGAGGGCGAGAGGUGGAGGGACGAUGAGAUGGAGUUGCAGCGGGACGAUAAAGGGGAUGGCUCACUAGCAGACGAUGAAGAGGAGGAGGAGGAGGAGGAGGAGGAGAAAAAAGGAGGAGAGUCAAAUUGGAUCCCAGAGAAAGCUGUUCUGGGUUUCUCUCCACAAGUCACAAUCGUGCGUCCGUCCAGCAAAGAGCUUCCUGAGGAGAGCCAGCUGUUCAUAGAGAAGGAGCCGCAGACGGAGCCCGACUCAGCAGCUCAGGUUUAUCAAGAGUGGACUAAACAGGACGACAAGUACUACCUGUGCGAGCAUCUGUGCAGUGAAAAGCUGAAGCUGGCUCUGGCGACGGCGGCCGCAGGGCUUCUCUUCCCUCUCCUGGUGUGGGGAGGUUACGCCCUCCUUCCCUUUGACGCACCGCUGCUGCAGAGCACCCCCCUCAGGGUGGUGUACUCUCUACGCUGCUCCUUCUUCGCCACCAUCCCCAUCCUGCUCGGUGUGUUAGUGCAGGGCGUGGCCCGGCUGCGCUACAGCGCCCUUAAGCCCCUCUAUCAGAGUAAACUGGUGAACAGAGAGGUGGCGGUGCACUGGCACUACGUCAACGAAUCGCUCGUCCUCUUCCUCUUCUACUUCCUGCAGCUCGCUGUCAUGGCAACCUACAUCAGCCAGGACCUGGUCAAACUAGUGCCGUUGCUCACCAUCAUAUUUGUAUUCGGCAGGCUGAUCUACUGGCUCUGCCUCUCUCUGGGCAGCAGCAUCAGGGGCCUCGGCUUCGGCUUCUCCUUCUUUCCCAUACUGGUCAUGCUGGGCACCAACCUGUACUACGUCUGCUCGUCAGUCGGAGAAGGGGCGGUUUUCGACGUGGAACCUCCCACGACAGCUCCUCCUCCCAGGCUGCGCUGGUGGGGUUAAAGGCAGACGUACAAAAAGGUGAUGAGGAGUUAAGAGACAAACAACUGUACCACCUUUUUAAUACGACACAACUUGGCUUGUUCUUUUGGUGUCCUAUAAAGUUGUAAUCCUUCAUAUUUAAGUCCUGGUUGAUUUGGCAACAGCUGCGGUUACAUAAGUAACAGCAAGUGUGGUUUAUUACAACAACAAACUCUCCUUGAGCAGCUGUUUUUAUUAUUAAAUUAAUGAUGAUCCGAUCAAAAAUACUCCCAAAAGUGACAGCUUUUGAUGAGCAAUGACAAACGUAUUGCAUUUCCUGUGGCUGAGUCACAAUAAAAGCCACCACGUGAUUCUCCAGUUGAAUACUUUUAAUUUGAAGCAGCAGUUGGAAAUGUUCUGUUUGCAUCAGCAGUAACAACAGUGAGGCUGUUAUCAAUGAGAUGAAAUGAAACUGCAUACAUUGUUUCCUGUUAAUUCAUGGUGUUGUAUGAAGGCAAUCGGGAUUUGCAGGACUUCACCACUACUAAUACAAACAUAUGUAGUAUAAAUAAUGAUGUUAUUAAAAUCUCAAGGAAUAUGACUGUGUUUUUAUAUUGUUCACAAAAAAAUAAAGGACAUGAAGCAGAAUGUGGGUUAAUUUGUUGCUUGAAUGUCUGUAUAGAAAAAUGAAGAAAUCCAGGGUUAUGAGACGAAGUUUACAUACAACAAAAAAGCUAUUAUGUGCAUGCAAAUUAAAAAGAGAGACGUGGUCUGAAGAA